GGGGCCUGGGCCUGGGCCUCUUGGAGAGGGAAGGAGCGGGAACCCGAGCUCCGCGUCGGGAAGUUUAGGUCGGCUGAGCCCUCGGCUCCCAAAGGCAGAGCCGGAAGCGCUACAGUUUGACCCACGAGUCCAUCUGUUUUCGAAGGCGUAGCCCUCUUCCUCCCGACCCUCUCCGCCUCCCCCUCUGCCCCUUCAUCCGGAGGCCGAAGCCCCCAGCCUGGGCGGGGCGGCGCAGCCCGAGCUCCCGGACCCGGAAGAAGCGCCAUCUCCCGCCUUCACCAUGGAGCCCACUGCGCCGUCCCUCACCGAGGAGGACCUGACUGAAGUGAAGAAGGACGCUUUAGAAAAUUUGCGUGUAUACCUGUGUGAAAAAAUCAUAGCUGAGAGACAUUUUGAUCAUCUACGUGCAAAAAAAAUACUCAGUAGAGAAGACACUGAAGAAAUUUCUUGUCGAACAUCAAGUAGAAAAAGGGCUGGAAAAUUGUUAGACUACUUACAAGAAAACCCCAAAGGACUGGAUACCCUGGUUGAAUCUAUUCGGCGAGAAAAAACACAGAACUUCCUGAUACAGAAGAUUACAGAUGAAGUGCUAAAACUUAGAAAUAUAAAACUAGAACAUCUGAAAGGACUGAAAUGUAGCAGCUGUGAGCCUUUUCCAGAUGGAGCCACAAACAACCUCUCUAGAUCAAAUUCAGAUGACAGUAAUUUCUCUGAAAAACUGAGAGCAUCCACCGUCAUAUACCAUCCGGAAGGAGAAUCCAGCACAGCCCCCUUUUUUUCUACUGAUUCUUCUCUAAAUUUGCCUGUUCUAGAAGUAGGCAGAACUGAAAACCCCACCUUCUCUUCAACUACGCUUCCUAGACCUGGGGACCCUGGGGCUCCUCCUUUGCCACCAGAGCUGCAGUUAGAAGAAGAAGGAACUUGUGGAAACUCUAGUGAGAUGUUUCUUCCCUUAAGAUCACGUGCUCUUUUGCGGCAAUGACAGUUUACUGCAUUUUAAUUUUUUUAAUGGUGACAAAAAAUAUUUGAAAGGAUAUGAAUCAUCUUAUAAAAUUGCUAUAAUGACUUAUUAACAUUUGAUACAUGUCUUAUAAUGCAACGUAAACAUACUUUGUAAAUAGAAUUUUUUAGAAUAAAAGAAGUAUACUUGUAGAUAGCUAAAGUAACUCUUGUUGAUCAUGUACUCUUCAGUAUUUUCUCUUCAUUUUUGAGGUAAUUUAGUGUUUUCACUUUUUUUUAAUGUUUUAAGACUAAUUUUAAUAGAGAACAUUUCUCUGUUUGAGAAUAGAGUCUUAGGCUGGGAACAAUGUUUCUUCUCUGUGCAUUUGUGCUAGUAAGUUUCACAGUCUAAUAGUCCUUUCCAACCAUUCAACAGUACAUUUUCAGAAUUAAGCUGUUCCUAUUCAUAAUAAAGCCAAUCACUGCUGGGAAAACUGCCAGCUACAGAAAAGAAUCUUUUUCCCACUCAAUUGGGCUUACAGGUACUUAGAAAGUCCCCUUCUGAUUCAGAGAAAUAGCUAAUGGAGUUUGAGCCACCUACGGUGCCAAUUUGCCAAAAUACAUUUCUUAUUAAUCUUACUAAUUAAUACUACUUUCUUAAGAUUUUCACACUCUUUGCUUUAUCAUUUUCAUUCCUAAAGAAAAAUCUUGACAUAAACUUCAGUUAUUACAUAUAAUUUAAUGAGAUUUUAAAAAUACUUUUUCUGUACUUUUUGUUCCCUUUUAAUGAGGACCACUGUACAGUUGAAAUAAUUAGAACAAAAUGGUUUUUGUGUGUGUAUAUGUGACAAUUCUGUUUUUAGUACUAUUUGGAACAAGCAGGCCAUUAGCUAGAUAUGUCUUUUUGUUCUAUGACAAAGUUUGACUAAUUUUACAAAUUUAUAAAUCUUCUUUCAUUAUUUUCAUUAAACUAUAUCUAUUUCUAGAUAUCUGUCUCAUAUAUAUUUCCACUACUUGCAAAAAGCAGAGAUGGAAAUAUGCUAUUAAGAAUAAAUGUUUUUAAGUUGUAGUGCUGUGUUUUGGAAGUUUCAGAUUUUUCAAUAGGAAAUAAAUACCUAAAACUUUUUUUAUAUGCA